UUCAUUUCACAACGAUGUCGCAAUGUAUAUGAACGGAUGAACACAACACGUAUAUAUCCUCAGUGGAUUUGAAGCUUCACAGACACGAGUCAUCACUGCAGCGGUCAGGAUGAAGUUCCUCACUCUUCUUCUCCUGCUUUCGGCUACUGACGGCCAGUCCUGUGUGGGACGGUGCGGAGAUCCUGGCAACUCCUCGACCUGUGGCUGCAACGUCGCCUGCGCCGCCAACGGAACCUGCUGCCGCGACCACCGAGACGUCUGCCUCUCCUGUAGGGGCCGCUGCGGGGAGGCCUACCGGAACGGCCGCCUCUGCCAGUGUGACAGCAACUGCAAAUCGCACAGAAACUGCUGCAACGACGUCAGCUUCACGUGCGAUGGUAUCAGGCGAGGGGCCACGACACAGGACCUACGUGAAAUGACGGAGAAGCUGUUAGCCGCCGACGUCAACGGAGCGGGCGUGAACCUCAGACUCGACAUGCAGGGGAAGGGGACGUCAGAUGACCUCGCGGGCAGACCUUUGUUCAAGUCUGUGCCCGCGUCCGCGCUAGCGUCCCCGACAAUCAGACUGUUGGAAGAACUUCAGAACAAUUACUCCCCCAACGUGACGACGCCUGAAGCCGAGGAUCCCGCUGAAAUAGCCGAAAAGGAUGCCUUUCUGAACGCUGUUAUGCAGACGAAGGUGAUGCAGUUGACGGAGAAUUUCCUGAAGGAGAGAGGUUUUCUCACCGGAAGUCUGAGGGACAAACUGGACGAGCUGUGGUUCACCUUGUACACGAGAAAGAAUAUCCUCAGCUCAUCCGGGUUCGAGCACGUCUUCGCCGGAGAAGUGCGAGGUCAGAAGGUUUUGGGUUUGCACAACUGGGUGUACUUUUUGCACGAAGAACAAGGAGGUGACAUCAACUACAUGCGAUGGUUAAACUUCAUUGAUCUUGGAGACAAGGGGGAAGUUAUUAAGGUCGCCUACAAGUGGAUGGACAAGGUGAAGAAAGCAGGUUCUAUGUUCGUGGGAACGUCGCCGGAACUGGACAUGGCCGUGUACACCCUGUGCAUCCUCACGCGGCCGAACAGGGGCUGCCCUGUGCAGAUGAACGCGCACAAGUUCAACAUCCAGACCUGGGUUCAGAAAUCAGAUGGGAAGGAGCUGGUCGGGGCGGCAUUUCCCGCCAUCUAGAUGUGGUCUCGCUUUGUUGCCAUUCGUGAAGUAGGAUGGCAUCAGGCGGGAAGGAUGUCUUCUGGUGUUGUGUCCAGAGUAUUUGUGUGUGGUAUGAGCUCAAAGCUGAACCGGGUAUGAAUAGAGGACGCAACACAUAGAUACGCAUGAUAUAUGUAUAUCUACACAUCAAUAUAAAGAUUUUACUGUUAUCCCAUGCACAAGGCAAACUAUGCAUAAUACAAGCCAUAAUGAAGGAUGUUGAUAAAACACAAUAAAGCAAUUGUGUUUUCUAUAUAAAUACACAGUUCUCUCAUCAACCAAAAGUUUAGAGUGAAUGGUUAUGGCCACAGAAACUAAAGGCAUAGCUUUAUGAGAAAGAAAUGUAAUGAUUCGUUCUUAGAUGUUUUACUGUGUUUACAUAUUAUGUUUCGUUUUGUUUGUUUUACCAUUACUGCCUACUACAUACCUGCCAUUUUUUUUUUUCCAAAAGGAUUGAUCAGACGCACUAUCACAACCUGAUUUGCGUUUAUUAUACUUAGAAGCUCUAAAAUUGCUCCAGAUGGGAUAAUCUACCUUCAGAUUCCUGAUCUUUCUACAUGUUAAAUGUAACGGUAGGAGGCAGUUAGGAGUGAUUUUUACGUGUUUACUCUUAAUAAAGGUUCCAUAGUUAAAGAAA